AUGGCAAACAACAUCACUUAUGGUUUCUCUUUUGCUCUCAUCAUUUGCAUGUCAGCUUUCUCGCUAAUUCCACAGACCACCUCAUCAUCAUCCCCAUUCCAAUUCCCUCCAACCCAAUCCACAAUCCUCCCUGAACCGUCAAGCUUCUUCUCUCCAAACCUCCUCUCAACCCCUCUCCCCACUAAUUCUUUUUUCCAGAACUUUGCUCUCAACAAUGGCGAUAAACCCGAAUACUUUCACCCGUACAGCAUCAACUCCUCCUCCUCCUCUCUAUCUCUCUCCUACCCAUCUCUCUCCUCCACCUCUGCUUUCAUCUCCCAAACCUUUGCCCCUGACCUCACCAUCUAUGCCUCCCAAACCAGCACCAACAUAGAUGCAGCAAAUAGCAGCCGCCGUGUAAUCUCUGGCUUCACUGAUCUUAGUGUCACCUUGGACUUUCCCUCGUCCAACCUAAGCUUCUUCCUCGCUCGAGGAAGCCCCUAUGUCACCUGCAAUGUGUCUAGCCCCACUGCGGUUUCUGUCUCAACCAUUCACGCAAUCCUCGAAUCCUAUUCGAGCAACUCAAACACCAAGUUCAUCGUCCAACUUAACAACAAUCAAACAUGGGUUCUAUACACCUCAUCCCCAAGUAAUUUGACUAGAAGCAGCCCAUCAACCUUAACUUUUGAUGGCUAUUCUGGGACUAUUCGGAUUGCAUUGGUGCCGGGUUCUGAUCCAAAAUACGAGUCAAUCCUUGACCGGUUUAGUUAUGCUUACCCUGUUUCUGGUGAAGCUGUGUUCACAAAGUCAUUCACUUUGGAAUAUAAAUGGGAAAAGUAUGGACAGGGAGAUUUGCUUAUGCUAGCUCAUCCUCUCCAUCUUCAGAUUCUGUCUAACGCUACUGUUUUGGAUGAUUUCAAGUACAAAAGCAUUGAUGGUGAUCUGGUUGGUGUUGUUGGUGAUUCGUGGGAGUUGAGAUCACAUAAUGUUUCAGUCACUUGGCACUCAAUCGAAGGCAUCAAACAAGGUUCGUACCCUGAAAUUGUUUCUGCACUUCGUCAUGAUGUGGAGGUUCUCAGUUCGACUCCAAUAACAACUGCAUCGUCAUAUUUUUAUGGGAAAUUGGUUGCCAGAGCAGCAAGGUUGGCUUUGAUUGCUGAAGAGGUGGAUUGCCUUGAUGUGGUUCCAGCAAUUAAGAAAUACUUGAUGGACGCAAUUGAGCCAUGGUUGGAUGGUACUUUUAGUGGGAAUGGUUUUCUGUAUGAUCCUAAAUGGGGUGGACUUGUCACCAAACAAGGAUCAACUGAUCGGGGUGCAGAUUUCGGGUUUGGAGUUUAUAAUGAUCACCAUUACCAUCUAGGAUAUUUUGUGUAUGGUAUUUCAGUGCUUGCAAAGAUUGAUCCAGCAUGGGGGAUCAAGUACAAGGCUCAAGCUUACUCUCUUGCAGCUGAUUUCAUCAACUUGGGCAACCAAUCGAAUUCAAACUAUCCAAAGUUGAGAUGCUUUGAUAUGUACACACUACACUCUUGGGCUGGAGGACUGACUGAAUUUGGAGAUGGAAGGAACCAAGAGAGCACAAGUGAGGCAGUGAAUGCUUACUAUUCAGCUGCAUUAAUGGGCUUAGCCUAUGGAGACACCAAUCUUUUUGACAGUGGAUCAAUGCUUACAGCUUUGGAAAUUCAAGCAGCUCAAAUGUGGUGGCAUGUAAGAGAAGGAGAUACACUUUAUGAGGAAGCGUUCACAAAGGAAAAUAGAAUUGUGGGAGUUUUAUGGGCAAACAAGAGAGACAGUGGACUUUGGUUUGCUCCUCCAGAGGCAAAAGAAAUGAGGCUUGGAAUUCAAUUACUGCCCAUAUCCCCAAUCACUGAGAUCUUGUUCUCUGAUGAUGGCUUUGCUAAGGAAAUUGUGGAAUGGGCAUUGCCAUCUCUGAGUAGAGAAGGAGGUGUGGAAGGAUGGAAGGGUUUUGUCUAUGCCUUGCAAGGGAUUUAUGAUAAGGAUGGUGCUUUGGAGAAGAUUAAGAGCUUAAAGGGUUUUGAUGAUGGAAACUCUCUCACUAAUCUCCUAUGGUGGAUUCAUAGUAGGAACUCAGGUUCACAGUAG